GCAGUACUCGCCAGGUUAGCUCCGAGAAGUCAGUGAUCGAAGGUAGUGGACACCUGCGUCCGUCCGUCCGUCCGUCCAGCACGCUGUCGUGCAGACGUGAGUGAAGACAAGUUUGACAGAGCAGCUGGAGAUAAUGCGCGUGUUCCCAGCAGAGCUUCUUGUUUGACAAGGGAGGGAGAACCUGUGAGCUAAGCUGCUGCUGCAGCAGCAACAAAAAACUACAGUAUGUCCAAGUGGCUGAGUGAUGGGGAAGUGCUGGAAGGUCAAGGCAGUGGCGAGGCUGUACCUGUAAGCCCACGACCUCAGAGUCUGUCACCAGGGACCCCCCGACUGAGCAAGGGUCGCAGCCCAGUCGGUUCUCCCACCCUGAGAAAGGCAGCAAGCCCGCAGUCCGAGACCAUGGGCAAGGCCAAGCAGCUGUUUGCGUUGUGCGACAAAGAGGGCAAAGGCUUCAUCACAAAGCGCGACAUGCAGAGGCUCCAGAUGGAGCUGCCUCUGUCGCCUGAACAGCUCGAGAGCGUUUUCGAUAGUCUGGACCGCCAGUGCAAUGGCUUCGUUACACCACUGGAGUUCAGCGCAGGACUUGGUGAGCUGAUGGGGACAAAAGACACAGUGGAGCAGAGCCAAGAGCUCGCAGGGAAAGAGACGGACCAGGCAGACUGGUCGGAGGAUGCUGCUACAAUGAGACUUAGCGACAUACUGAACGAGCUGGGGAUUGACAAAGUCUCGGACAGUCAACAGGAGCUUUGUUCUCUGUGGUGUGAGUUGCAGAGAGAGCAGCCAGAGCUGCUCAAGCUCCUGGAAGGCAUCUUGCUGCACGCCGUCACACACCUGCAAGAUUCCAUCAGCGAGAGAGACAGCCUGGAACAAGCGUUGCGCAGACGGGAGAGUGAGCACCAUCAAUUUGUUCGCUCCAUAUAUGAGGAGAUGGAAAGCCAAAUCCGAGAGGAACGGGAGAAACGCCUGGCUCAGGAGAGCAUCAAAGAAAAGCAGAGAGGCAUCCAAAUUGAGGAAGAGUUGAAGUUGCGUGACCACGAGUUGGAGAUAACCUUGAGCAGACAGAAACAGCUGGAGAGCAGAAUGCAACAGCUGGUCUACGAACAGGCAAACAUCAAGCAACAGAACCAGGAGCUGCGCAGCCUCAACGUUCAGCUGCGAGAGCAGGCGGAGCGGAGCAGCCGGCAGCUGCAGGCUGCCGUGCUUCAGUUGACCCAGCUGCAGCUCAGCGCCGCCCAGGAGCAAGUGGACAGACAGCAAAAUGUGACUCACGUGUCACGAAACAUACAGAAAGAGAAGGAGAGUCUCCUGAGGCAACUUGGUUUGUUGAGGGAUAUGAAUAAAAGACUGCGAGACGACAAAGAUGCCCAGCUGACAAAGAAGAGGGUUAGUCAUCCAUGCCCGCUCCUUUCUCCCCUGCCUCUAACCUAUGACCUCAGUGAAGACUUUGACACUGCAUGGACUCAUCAGCGAUAUUCCACCCUAAGAUAAGUGCGGGAACGGCUCGGUGGCUCUUUCCCGUCCGUCUCCCGCUCAUCAUCGCAUUCUGCGGCUUGUUACUCUUUGAAUUCCGCUCGACUGAUACCUUAGCUUGAAAAGACAUUUAUCCUGCCUUAUGGAUGGCUACUAUUCAUGCCUUGUGCUAUAUUCAACAAAAGGCAACGUACACCCGGGAUCCUUGGAUUGAAAUGCCGUGGCUUUCAAAAUAAAGCAGACUUUGACUUUGUCAUCCACCAAUUCCAA